AUAUUUGUACUUCAAUAUGAGUGAACGGGAAGAAGAGAGUAAACUUGUGGAAAAUUUGCCUGCAUUGGAUGCUUUACCGGUUGAGGAGGUACACAGUUAAUAUAUUUCAGUGUGGCAGUGUGUCUUUUGGUUUGAUUUUCGUGGAUUUAUGCGAUAUCAGUUUCGUUUAGCUUAGUGUACGACGUCCAUCGGCAGGGAUAUUUUCCAGAUCGCAAAUCUCUGAAUGCAGAAUGCAGAGCGCCAAAUGACUCUGAAGUUUAGUGAUUAGGGUUAGGAACCUGCGUGAACUAAUUUUGAGGUCAAUUUUUCCGGUUUUAUGAUUGUAAAUAGAACCUCAAUCACUUAGUUUCCUUACCCUAAUCACUAAACUUCUGGGAGUCAUUGGGCGUUCUGCUGUGUGCAUUCAGCGUUCUGCGUUCUGCAGUCACUAAAACAUGGAACGACCUAAAACCACCUAAAACCACCUAAAACCACCUAAAACCAUCUACAACAAGGUAUAAAUGUCUGAAAUAAGGCGAGACGACAACAUGUCACGUACAUGAAAUACGAGAAUCGGACAAAACAUCCACUUUCCGCUAAAAUCUUACUCUCCCUGGUCCCUUGUAUCAUCAACCAUUGGCUUAACACAAAACUAAGAAAUAAGAUUGCAUUAUAGAUUUUUUUAAUAACAUUUUUAACAAUGAUUACACCUAGUCUCCGUUUCCCGUGUCGUGACGCAAGGGAGUUUAGCUUUGCGUGAUGACACAGGAAACGGGUGUGAAAGACACUAGGGUUCAUCUAAAGGAGUCACCUGGAAUGUACAAACAUGUUUGGCGGAUGAUAAACAGAUGUUAAAAAAAUUAACUUGCCACCUCAGAACAAAACAGCAGUGAAGCAGACUCCGAGAGAGAGAGAAACCCUACCUUGUGCCAUUACGUAAUCAAAUGAAACGUGAACCAAAACGUCUCACUAAUACCCAGGGUAGAAAAAGCCAAAUCAAGUCAAGGGACCAGGGAGAGUAAGAUUUUAGGGGGAAAUGGAUGUUUUGUUCGAUUCUCGUAUUUCACAUACGUGACAUGUUGUCGUCUCGCCUUAUUUCAGACAUUAAUUUUAUACCUUGUUUUAGAUGGUUUUAGAUUGUUUGCGAGUGGUUGUAGAUGUUUUUGAGAUGGUUGUAGAUGGUUAUUGAAUUUUUUGAGGUGGUUGUAGUUGGUUGUAGAUGGUUUUAGGUGGUUUUAGGUCGUUCCAUGUUUUAGUAACUACGCGGAUUUCAACAAGGCAUUACAAAUCGCUCGAAAUCGAUCAUCGAAAAACUAAUCGAUAAAUCAAUAAAAUGGAUAUUACUCGAUAAGAAUCGAUUAGUUAGUUUAAAAAAUGGAUCGAAAUCGGUAAUUACAAAAUAUUGACGGAUGUGUAUCAACUUUAUUGAUUUCAAUAAUGUUGUUAUUCAUGGACGACCAAAGGACACUAGAGAAAUCUGGGGAAAUCAAGAGAAGUCAAUCACUCAAAGUGCGAUCGAAAGAAGUGUUGACAAAUUGAAAAAGAGAGUGUUUCAGGGCAUUACCAUUGUAGCUUGUUCACUUUUCUGCCUUGCAACUGCCUGUUCUUGCAAACUUUUGUGUUCGUUUUUCAUUGUUGUUGGUUUGUUCACAGGUAAUCAAUGCUAAUCAACGGCACAUUCACAUUCUGCCAGAGUUCUGAUUAUUGUUUAAAAGUAAAGUUUCGUUACUUUCAGACUGUGUUUAAGUUGUCAUUCCACGUGUCUGUUUGGUCGAAAGAGGUCAAAAGAAAUAAGAAACUAUAGGGAUUCUAUUGAAUCACCACACUAACUGCCGCUAAGUAAUGUUCUCGCUUCAAAAUACAUAGCUCUUUACAUUUCAAUACUUUGCGAUUGAAAUCGAACAGAAAUUGAUGAAAAUCACAAGAAUGAGUGUGAUCGCUUUUUACAUGACGAGAUUCAUACGACUUUGAAUUUCACCACAGGGAAGAAGUUUUAAUUUCCGGUGUCCUUGUACAAAACCUUUUUAGGAUUCAAUUAACAGCCUCUAAUCUCUCAUGACUUGUGUACUUUGAGUCACUGAUGGAAGGCAAGCUGAGACGUAAGACAGAUACUAUUUGUAUCACAAUGCGAUCUCGCGCAAACUUUCAAAGCCGGCAUGAAAGUGUCGCGUUCGUUGGGAAAAGCAUCUUCAGUCUUUGGACCCUCACUUGCCAAACAAAGGUAAUCUCGUACGCAGUAUCAGUGACCAAAUGGUUUUACCAACAGAUACGAUAUAAUUCAUGGCAAGUCAAAAUUUUAUGCUUUUUAUGUAGAGAUGAUGUUUGGAAGUAGCAGGGCCGAUUAUUUAUAGCUCUUUAUGAUUUGGUUGAUAGUACAGAUAGUACUGGCGCUCAAGUCAACCCAUCCAGAUUUGGUUUUUCAAAGAGGAAAGAUCAUGUUGUUGUCGUUUCAACCUGAGCAGGAGCCUUUAACUUGCGCCGAUGAAAUGCAGACGACAGCGGGUUUAAAGCGAUCAAAGAAGGACUAAAUUCCUUCCAGCUACCAGAAAAUACAGCUGGAAGUGGUCAGAGAAGUCAGAGAAAGCGUUUCAUCGUGCAGAGAAGAUCUGGAAACGGUACUUGGUCGUGGAUUACUGAAUUGGGGAAAAUAAAAUGAGCGAUUCAUUCGAGACGGAAUAUCGCAUGAUUUCCUGCAGAUAGUGGCAGAUGACCAUCGGGUCAGAAACUCGGGCAUUCACGCCGUUGUUGAUUAUGUAAGCUUAAAUGAUUUUUAUUAAGGGUCGCUGACUGGAUUUAGGCCGAACGGUGAUGCUCUUCAUCCCUUCUUAAUUUUCUAAACAUUGGUCGAAGCUUGGUAAGUCUAUUUUGGGUUCCUUUGUAUCAUCUUAAAAUGGGUAACUAUUAUCGUUUUACCGCAAAAACGUUUUAAGGUUGACACUGAUCACUUGAUCGUUUUAUAAAUUCUCAAUAACUGCUAAUUGUGUGAAAGUGUAAUGUUCAUGGAGAAUGUUGAUUGAGAUCACCAUUUCCUAAGCCUGGUCACAAACAGUUCAGUUCAGUCAGAAUUCAGUUUUUAAGUGUAGAUCUUAGUGGAUAUUUUCAAUUUUAUCGCAUCCCUUUUAAGAAAACAGGAAAAUUUAUUUUGCCAAAGCCAGUGGCUAUCAACUGUCAGAAAAAGUGAGUAAAAUUUCAUUAUAAACCAAAAAUUGAUUUACAGAUUAAAGUUUUAUUUAAUUUUACACUGAUUAGAUCUGUGAAGUUAAUUGUUUUAAGGGUAUGAGGAGUGUACCCAAAUGAACGAGAGAUCUUUAGUAAACAAGGUAAUUGCACUUUUGAGCUUUGGUCAAACUCAGGUGGUUGCGAGUUUUAGGUUUGAUGUUUAGACUAUCUUGUUUGUGUUUUAGCAGCGACUCGAAUCUCAACUUGAAAUGCUGUAUUUGAUAUUGUUCUAUGUUUUUUUAAAGUUUGAUGAUGAGAAUUUUUUGCUGGUUGAAUGUGGAAUUGAAAUCGAGUUUUUUUUUCUUACGGCCCGAUUCAAAGGUACUUGAAGUUUUUCAUAACUUGUGAUCAAUAAUAGAUGGUAUUAUUUUAAGAACUCCCUUGAAUGCAUUUUAGUGUAGUUGAGAGAAGAUGGUGAUGAACGGCCUUUAAUUUUACAAACAAAACUACUCCUAAAGGAAACAUUGAUGAUAGUGCUGUCUAGCAUUAAGUAAAACAGUUUGGCCUUGCUGUUGCAACAGAGCAGCUUAGCCUUUUUAGGCUGUGGCUCUGUGAGAAAUUUAUUCUCUGGGUGUCUUAGAGGGAACUAAAAACGCACUUUCAGAUACUUUUUGAAUCUCUGUCCAGCAUUAAGAAAAGAAGUUUGGCCUUUCUGAUGCAACAGAGCAGCUUAGCCUUUUUAGGCUGUGGCUAUGUGAGAAUUUUAUUCUCUGGGUGUCUUAGAGGGAACUAAAAACGCACUCUUCAUUGUUUGAAUCUCUCCCCAGCAUUAAGAAAAAAAAUUGGCCUUUCUGAUGCAACAGAGCAGCUUAGCCUUUUUAGGCCGUGGCUCUGUGAGAAUCUUAUUCUCCAGGUGUCUCAGAGGGAAAUGAGCUUUAUUUGAGCGUUUAGUUGCCAGUAUUGUAUCGCAUUGCUCAAGCGCUCUUUCGAAUAUUGCAAGUGCCUUGCGUUUACAAAAAAUUAGGGAGAUCUUGUAAGCAUGAAUUGAAAUAUAUGAAAUGCGGAUGAAGGUAUGAAAGUGGACAUGAUCAUCGCAUUAAAUUCACAGCCUAUUCGGUUGAAAAAUAAUCUGAAAAAUUUUGCAGCGUUAUCAGCGUUAUUCUGCGUAGUGUAGUAACCUUUUCGUUAAGGCAGGUUCUAAAACACACUCAAGAAAACCGCACAGUCUCCGUGAACUCUCACUUUAACUUGUGAGAGAAGCAAAAUGAAAAUAGAGUGACAUUACUUUCAAACCAUUACGGGCUACGUUAGGCCACAAUUUAAGAAAUCAUUGGACCUCCAGGCCUCUUUCUUGGCGGGUUAAUUUAAGAAAAUAAGUGCUUUUCCAGUCUGCCUUAUAUGCUUUAUUGACUGAAAUUGUUCAAGAUAAAUGGGGUUUGAUAAAAGUGUUGGGCCAACUGAAUGAAAAUGGCUUAAUUGUAAUGUGAUUUUGUAAUAUACGGGCUAAAUAACUGGCUUUUAGUGUUUAAUAAAUACAAGUAAACAAAAUAUACAAUGGAAAAUUCCCCCGCAAGAAAUGCGUAAAAUCACUCUUGUCGAAGUACCAUGAAUUUUAAGGGAAGCCACAAAGUCAAAUGCAUUCCGGUUCGGCAGAAAGACUUUCAAUUCGGCUAAUUCGUAAUUGACUUCUUUGUUAAGUCUUGUGGACAUACAGGAAUUCAGUUGAUGUGAGAAUUUGUCACCUGCAAGCAAAUGAGCCAUAAAAAGUUGAUAACUUCUUCAGAGCACCCCUGCUGAUGUUCGCCUAUUCAAUAGGCGAACAUCAGCAGGGGUCUGCGAUUUCAGACCUCUAUGAAUCUCAUCAUGCAAUUUUCGAUAUUUGUGGAUUGAUUAAUAUUGAUUUUAUCAAUUACUGUCGAUUUUUAUCGAGUAUUGAAAUUAUUGAUUUUUAAUGCCCUGAUUUCGAUCGACCGAAUCACUAGCCCUGGCUACUUGCUCGUCAGUUUUGUCGCUAGCCAUACAAAGCAGGGGUCAAAACAAUUUUAGAAAUGUUACCUUACCGGUCAUGUUGACCAACCAUGGAACGUUUAGCUCAGUCACGUCUCUCUAUUGACCAGUCAAAAUAGUAGAAUUAACUUGAGAAUAACUUUUAAGUGUUCUAGCCUAACAAGCAAAAACACACAAAGUGAAAAAAGAUGCUUAUCCUCUUGAAACAUGAUGAUGAGAAAGUAAACUUUUUUGUGGUCACUAAUUCACAUAUCUGGUGAAAAUUACCAGGAAACCAAAAGUUUGUCCAAGCAAAUGCACAGGAAAAAAUAACGGAUUCCCAUUUUUGGAUAUUUUAGGGUAUUUAAAGAAUACCCAUAAAAAUCCCAAAUUUGACAAAGUGAGACAAGUCCCAACCAGGGAAUUCCCAACCAAGUUCCCUGAUUGGGACUUGUCUCACUCUUCCAAAUUUGGGAUUUUUGUGGGAAUUCUUUAAAUACCCUAAAAUAUCCAAAAAUGGGAAUCCGUUAUUUUUUCCUGUGAUGGUCAUCUUAGUCAGACAUUGUGUGUUUACCGGCCUCUUAUGUUUUAAGCCCUGCGAAGCGAUCUUGAGAGAAAAUUUUGCUGACCAUAUGAUGCCACUGUCAUGUUUCUAUUUAGGAAGAAAAAGAGGAGCCAUCGUUUAUAAGGAAGCUUGAUUUCUCCUUUGAUCCAGACUGUAAAACUUGCAAGGUCAUCAGUGCCUCUGUUUGCUACGGAUCAGGGGUGCUUGUCUUCUCAAGUAUGAAACAGAUCCCAAAAAUGUCUGCAAAGAUAAUGACUGGAAUAUUUGGAGUAGGUAUGUUCAGGCAAAGGGAGUUAUACCUCUGGUUUGAGAUUAAAUAGAAAUCUGCACACUGCUAGUAGGUAUCUUCUAACAAGAGACCUCUUCAUCUAGGGAAAUUCCCAGAUGACAAUGCUCAUGUUCAAGAACAAAUAACUGCAGAAGAGAAAUAAGAGUCUUCUCAAUGGGUAUUUAGACAAGACUCUUAUUUCUCUUCUACAGUUAUUUGCGGCUGUGAAUGGUAUGGUUUUCAAGCAAUAUUAUUAGUCUGGGAUAAUGUAAAGAAGUCAGAGAGUUUGUGUCUAGAAUAGAGUGUCAUUUCCCUGGAAACUGAUCAAAUUGGUUAUGGUUUUAGUCCAGACUGGGCAAAUUGUUAACACUCAAAAAAAAUUAAAUAGGCAAAUCCAAAUUUACCCACAGCUCAGUUUAAUAGCAAAGAAAACUUUGACCUUAGUAACUUUUGGAAAAUAGCAAUUGUAGGAUACGGAGGGAUUUUGGAAGUUUAAAGUCUAGUGGAGUAGCAAAGUUCAGCUUAACUACAAUCUUGGACAAAAUAAAAAUGGAACAGCAAAUCCUCUUCCCCCCCAAAUCAAGGAUGAAGCCACACGAAGGGCAAAAACGUGCCAUUUUCCCAUCCUUGAUUUGGGGGGGGGGGGGAGGGGGGAACCAGGUUUUCCAUUUAUUCCAAGAUUGCAAGAUUGCAAUCUUGGACAAAAUAAAAUGGAACAGCAAACCCCUAUCCCCCCCAAAUCAAGGAUGAAGCCGCACAAAAACGUGCCAUUUUCCCAUCCUUGAUUUGGGGGAGGGGGGAACCAGGUUUUCCAUUUAUUCCAAGAUUGCAAGAUUGCAAUCUUGGACAAAAUAAAAUGGAACAGCAAACCCCUAUCCCCCCCAAAUCAAGGAUGAAGCCGCACGAAGGGCAAAAACGCUCCAUUUUCCCAUCCUUGAUUUGGAGGGGGAGGGGGGGGUCUAGGUUUUCCAUUUAUUUUGUCCAAGAGUCUCGGUGACUGGUGAAGGGUAAGAAUUCGAGGGUCCCAGCAGCACAUCUCUACCCAAACAUUCCUAAAGUACCUUCCCUGGUUUGGCUCCUUCCUGUUCCCUCAUAGUAAAUUGUAAUUGUAAAUAUCUUAUUAUCCACUCCCCUCAGGGCUUUUCAGGGAUAAUUUACAACACUGGUUGGGGGACUUUGCCAGACUGCUUAAGGUGCAGUUUACAAGUAGUGAAGGAAUGAGUAAUGAUGCCCCCAUACAUGAGUGUGAAAGUGAGAUAGGCCACUACACCGGGCACUACGUGCCCUACUCUUUACGAAGAGUGUGUGGGUUCUUUAACGUCCCACAGAUUUAAUACAUGUGCAAGGGCUUGUGAGACGGCGCCUACGGUUUAUCGUCCUUAUCCGAGAAGACUAGAAAGUCUAGCCGUUUGCAGAUAUUAUUACAAAGGCAGCACUUUCUCCUCAGUUAUUUAAAGACCCUGACUGUUGAACCUGCGACCUCCCGCUCAGUAGACCGGCGCUCUCCCAACUGAGCUAACCAGGCGGCGGUCAGGAUAGUCAGGAUAGUCAGGAUCCACCACUGUUUUUUUUUUACUAUGAAGACCAAGAUCAAGGGAUAAGUGGACACCUUACUAUGGUAUUAAGCAACCAGUGAUCAAGGUCCCAAAAUUUAUUGUAGAGAAGAAGAAUAUUAUAUUGUAAAUUAAAUCUAUAUUAAAUGGCCAGCAUGAUCAAGGGCCUUAGUCAUGCUUUGCCAUGCCAACAAGAGUUCUUCUAAUUGUUUUUAUCUGUAUUAAGUUACUAUUAAGCACUUGUUUUACUAACGGUCUCAGUUUGGCUUUACAAUAAAGAAAAAUACAGUCUGAGAUGGAAGGUGACAUCUGAUUGUAGACCAGUAAGGAUGUUCCUGUGGCAUGUUUGUUUUAAAACCUCCAUUGUGCAACCGACCUCCACUAAGCAGCCACUUGGUGGUACCCUGAGGCUAGCCUUUUAACCCUUUCCCUGCCAAAUGUAGCCAGAGGGAAAUUCAACCAAAUUUCCAAAUUUCAUUUUGUAAAAUUUUGAAAAACAAAUAGCACCAUGUGAAAGUACUGCUGACGAGGUUUCAUUUAAAUCAGGUCACAUCAUAGGAUUUUGUCUGCAGACUCAAAAGUUAGAGUCACCUUACAAAACUCCAUCAAACACUUUGGCAGUGUUAAUGAAAGCAGCGUGCAAAGAAAGUAGUGUCCGAUAGCCUGGCAUGGGGCUAGUGGAUUUUGCUAUCGGGCUAGGGGAUUCUGUUUUUAACUAAUGCCCGAUGGGCAAGUGUUUUUUUUUGAGGAAUUCGAAUAACAGAAGAACUGUGAAAUCAAUAGGCCAUUUGCACGAUGGCGUCAUUUUACUACUACGACCAGAAUCCUUUUCAUUUUUCCUUUCAUAUUUAAAUUUUGUAAUCCCAGUGAGGUUUAAAUAACAAAAGCCCUAACGUGCACAAGAAAGCAAAACCCUGAAGGAUUCUGGUCGUAGUAGUAAAAUGAUGUCAUAGUGCAAAUGGCCUAUUCUGCUAGUCAAAAAGUUUUGGGGCUAGUUGAAAUGAUAUCUGGCUAGGAAAUGCUAGCUUCAGCUUGCCUAAAUGGCAAGCUGUAAAAAUGAUUUUCUUUGCACCCAGUACAGUUAAACUGUAUUUUAAUUUUGGUGAUCUUUUUAACAGGUCUGUUUGCCGUUGGGACACUGAGAUUGCUUGUACCUGGAAAUGACAUUAACGCUCCGUUAUUUGGGAGACAGACUGAAGAUCAGAGCACGAGCCAAGGCAACGGCUGAUGUAUAAAGAAUGUAAAUUGGGUGUACAUAUAUUGUACAUUUGAAUUCUCUUUUUGUGUUUGGUAGCCUGGACCCAUUCACUCCAAAAAUUGCCUUAAGUGAGGCCUCGUGAUAUUAAAAUUACAACAAGUGACAUGGCGCUGCCUUGAAACUGUGACAUAAGAUUAGAUGAAAUGUAACAACUGGCAGGAAGAUUGGUUAACUUCCGAGACGGACAUGGCCUACUCCUCAAAAUGCAAAACGACCGUAUUUGAAAGUCAGACUUGGGACAUACUAAUCCCCCUGAGAGGAUCUAUUAAGUGCAAGUAAAGAGAAGCAACCUGUAACAUUUUGUGAAAUACUGAAGAACAGUUUAAUAAUGGUAACAUGUGAAAGUACUUUUGGACAAGUUUAUUUGAAUUUGUACUUGACAGGGUUUUUCUUACAUUACCAAAGUUAAUUAUUUAAUAUUACAAGACACAUGUAUCGAGUGCCCUUAAUUUUUAAAGCGAACGGAAAAAAUCUGUUCCCCAAACUAAUUUUGAGGGCUCCCUUUGGAAACUUGUACUGUUGCCAUAGCAUUUGCCACCCAUCACUUGAAGAAGAUAAUUUUUCAGUGGUGAACAAAUUAAAUGUUGCCCAUAUUAUUAUCAGCAGACUUACACUCUCUAAGCAUGUCUUUGAAAGGACCUAGUCAGCUAGCUGAUGUACAUGCACAUCAGGUACCAUUUCAUAGCUGAUUUGCGGAUAACAAGAUAUGCUAUUCAUACUGUUUUUAACCAAGGAUGAUAAAAUAAUAUGAUAAAAUGAGUAAAAGAAACUCAGCAAUAGGUUUUUUAAAAGUAAAAAUAGAAAAGAUCGAAUGAAACAGUGGGCAAGAUAAUUGAAGCAAAUUUCUCCUUGUAUUUGAUGCACAUUUGAUUUUGGUUUGAGGUAAAUGCUUUUCAAAGUUGUAAAACUAGUGUCGACGUCAGCUUAGUCCCAUAGAUGACUGUGUCCCUUUAAAAUUGGCAAACCUAUUAGAAACAUCUUGAAUCUUUCUCUGAGCUUAAAUGCAGAUGUUCUUUUUUAAGCUCAUUAUUUAUUUUAUUUAUUUAUGUUUGGAUUGUGUGACAACCCCCAAAACUUCUUUUUAUGUGGCUAGUAGGAACUUGGAAGGGAACUUGCCUUGAAUGUACCAUGAAUUAGUACUUAAUACACAGCUGAUUUAGUAAAGGUUCAGUUUGGAUGUUAGGAAUUGCGCACUGGGCAGCUGUCGUAUGGUGUUCACUGGGGCAAAUCAUUGCAGUGAGUUUUGUUUGCCCAAAUGCCCAAUGCCCAAAGCAACCUUUAGGCACCUGUCAAUGUAAAGCUGGCGGGCACAGCGAGGCAGGGUAUGGGGUGGGGAUUUGACAUUUUUUCAAAAAUUUGGUGUCAAAUUCCCUGCCUGCGGGCAAAUCAUUCCAGUCAAAUACCCUAAAAUUUCCCCACCCCAGGCUACACAUUUAACUGUUGUCAAAUAUCCUAAGGUUAGACCCAAGAAGAGUGCAACAAAAAUAUGACAAAAUGUAACUCUACAAUCUUUAUUUGUUAAUGUUGCUGCAUCACCAAAGAUACAUUUUUCCUGUUAAAAUCUGCUGCAGCUCCAAUAAUUAUUAUUAAUGCCAAAGCAUUUGUUACAUUAAACUUUAUUCACCGAAUUUUAAUAAUAGAUAAACAAAAUUAAUUCAGGAAAGUGAUGUUGGUUUCACUUAGGUUGUCGAAUUUUUUCUCCUAAGGGGAGUCCCCACUAUCACGUGCACCACACGCCGUCCACACGCGGUCAAAUGAGUGAUAUGUCCAUAUUUGGGUGUUGCCGGUUCCACCCCGUUACGGAAAGAAAGCGGCCGUGUAAACGCUUGCUUGAAUUUCAAUUCAGUCACCUCUUGACUUGUGUUCCCUGUGUUAUUUUUGCGUACAAAAUGCUCAAAGCUCUGGGAGAUCCUUAUUUUGUGGCGAAAUUCCAGCGCACUUUCGGUCUGAGAGAGGUUCGGACCGAAGAAAAUGGAAACUCAUUGCAUGACUUCCAAGACCCCGUGUCUGAGCUUCAAUAUGGACAUGUUUUAGCGAACAACGGAUAUCAAAGAAAUCACGCUCACUCAAGAUCUAAACUUAAUGGUCACAGCAGCGGCUUUACCAGAGAGGAAGCGCCGGAAAAACUCACAGUUCCUGGAGAGCAAAAAGUCAAGCAAACCUACGAAUUCAACAGCUUCUUUCAUGUGAUUUUUGCGUUUGGCUCAACUCUGGGCUACGAAUCCUUUUACAUAACUUUUUUCCCGUUUUUGUUUUGGAACAUUGACGAGUAUUUAGCGCGACGAAUAGUUUUUAUGUGGGCGCUUAUUAUGUACAUUGGUCAGGCUGCGAAGGAUGUUAUCCAAUGGCCCCGACCACCCUGUCCUCCUGUUAUUUCUGUGGAGAAACGAUUUCAAGUUGAGUAUGGCAUGCCCAGCACUCAUGCAAUGGUAGGGACCCUAAUCCCUGUCUGCAUUGUGUACUUCACUUAUGAUCGUUACCAGGUAUUCAUGCAUUGUUUCAUUAUUUGUUCGUUCAAUUAGUAGGUUUUGGGCAUGUACUCUGUAGUUACCCCUAGUUUUGCAACUUAGCGUUUUAAUGAGGGAAUUUUGGUGUCAUGGUUAAAUGUCGUAAAUAAAUCGAUGACCUCAUCCGUUAAUUUUGCAAUGCAUGAGUCACAAUAUUGAUUUCAAUUACCCUCUCCAAAUUUUUCGUGAAUUACAAUGUUCUGUUGUGGAAAGAAUUAAGUUCUACAUUAUCGAGCAAAUAUGCACGACUAUUUAAUUUUUUUCUAUGAGAGAUUCUUGACAUUUGAACAUUGAACAUGUAUGAUUUAACUUCCUUCCCCAACCUUUUCACCCCUAAGACCUGGCUCAGACGCCUUGCAGCUCACGUGCUGAACCUAACUGAUAAAUUAGCUAGGACAUACAAGCAGUGUUUGAAUCAGAUAGUGUGGCCAUAGUUUGCAGGGCUGUGCGCUAGCAGUGUACCAUAGGACCUGGCACUUUUUGCUUGAGGGCAACUAGAAAGUCUUCAUUUUUGCAUAAAAUCAUUUUCUGGGCACCCUGGAUCUCACAGAUUGAGAGCACUGGGCUCACUACAAUUUUUUGUGGAGCACAGCUUUGGUUUGGCAUGCAAAGUUAAAUUAGGAAGGCAGUCUCAUUCCACAUUUGAGAAGCCAUCUGCACUAGUGUUGCUGCUAAGUGAAAUGUCAUUGUUAAACAGAAUUACACUAAGACUUAGUGUAGUUCCAUUUAACAAUGACAUUUAGUGAUGUAUUAAUAUUGACCCAUGCAGGAGAAAGCUGGCUGAAAGAUAUAUUUCAGGGGAUACCUAUAUCUACAAUAAAUAAUUAUUGUAGAUUUUGUUUUUUCUAAAUAUAAAAUUUUGCAAGCAGUUCUGAUCAAACCAUUGAAUUUUCUCCAAGCACUGCAAACUCAAUGCCACAUCAGGUCUUUUUAAUAAUUAUUGGUUCAGGAAAUAAAAAAGUUAAACAUACCACCACAACACACAAAAGGUCAAUAGGCAUUAUUAUCUUUAAAGAUUUUUACUUGGUGAGCAAUGGAUUAAUUUUGUGCGUGUGUCAGAGCACACAUCUUGGUAUUUUUGUACUGCUUGUGUCACUGGAUCUGAUGGCACUAAUCUUAAAACCAAACUGAAUGAUCAAAAAUAUAUUUUCUUGCAAAGGAGCAUGACCAAGAACAUGCCACAGUGGAGCUGUACGUGUAUCUUCACUAUAUCCAAAUUAUAUGUCCUCUUUUGACAUUAAGUGUUAUAUAAAAAGUCAGUCAGGUAUUUAUUUUGUUGUUUUACUCAGUAAUAAUACCCUGUUACUGUACUACCAAGGCCCCCUUUGUAGCCCAUCCUAAGCUGAGAUGCAUGAUCUCCAUACUUAAAAUAUUAAGAGAUCUUAAGUCAGGGUUCCCUUUAAAAUGUAGGGCUUUCCUCUCAAAAAUAUUGGUUAAUUAUUUUUAAUCGUAGGUUGUCCAAGUAGUUUCCCUCCUUUUGUUUUCAUAUAUGUUGUAGUUUGAUUUUAUUAUUGGUGUGAAUUUUUUAUUUUCCUUUGCUUUUUAAUUUUUGGUAUGGAAAGUUAUGAGUUUUUAACUAUGGGAAAUUUAAUCCAAGGUAAAAUUGAACCACAGCAUAUAAUGUAUCAAUAUAUCCAGUGUUUUUAAAUUGUUUCCAUUUUUUUACAGUAUCCUUUGUACCUGGGCAUCUUAUUUGCAAUAUGCUGGUGUGUCCUUGUUUCAAGCAGUCGGCUUUAUAUGGGAAUGCAUACACUACAGGUAUGAAUUAUGUGUGAAAGAAAUCAGGCUGUAUUUAAGAGCUGUUUUUAAGUUUUAAAGCAGUCCUACCAAAAGAAGACUCCCUGUAAGAUCUCACAAAAAUUUGUAGUGUCAUUAAUUUUGUAGUUUCCACUUUGAUCACGCAGAACUUCAAGGAAACACUGCCAAAAGUCGUUGUAGCUGUUUUUCUCCUUCAUAAAUCUUGUAUCCUCACAGAAGGCAUUGAUCCAUGCAACAACAUUACAGCCAACAUCCUUGGGACUGCAAGUUAGCAUUCCUAAUAGAAAUUUCACAACAGCAGGAUGCAAGAAUAUUAAUUUUCUUUUGAGGUUAUUUACAUUUACAUAAGAGGGGUAGCAUGAAAUUAGAUCAAAAAACAAUUUUAGUUGAUGCAUGACAGACGGGUCAUAAAUUCAGCCCCCAGAAAACUUAGCAAUAAUCAACAAAAGACAAGUGAAAUUCUGAACAAACAUUGAAAGUUGUGACUUCAAGAUCAAAUCAAGACUAGUGUCAGUAACUCUGUAUUAAGGGGCCGAGUUUAUUUCAUUCAAAUGUCUGCAGUUGUUUGGUCGGGAUUUAGUUGCGGUUUAUAAUAACAAGUUGUCCAAAAAGGCAAAAAUUGAUGGUAGGUGGUGGAGGCACCAGUGUAAGUAGUGGGAGCCUGCCCUCGAGCAAUUUUUAUUGAAUUAACUCUUGACUCCAUUUGCCCAAAAGUUGGGUAGUACCAUUCACUGCGAUAAAUGAAUACCCCGUGGAUAAUGCAAUAUUGUUUUUUAGUCUUAUACUUAUCCAUGAUUUAUCCAGUGGAUAGUACUGUUUAACUUUUAAAACAACUACAUGUAAGGCCAGGUAAACAAGAUGAGCAAUCCAUAAUUAUUGUUGACCCUCUCUGCUCUAAACUUGCUAAGACAACCCUGGGUGAAUAUUGAAAAAUAGUCAUUCUCUCUUCUGUCUUAUUUUCAAGGAUAUCCUGGCUGGUAUUUUCUGUUCAGUUCUCUUACUGGUAACUGUGUUGCCUCUAAUGGACAUCUCACUUGAUCGAUGGGCAUUCAGUUCUCCCAACACGCCAAUAUUUCUAACAACUGUGCCGCUAGCGAUGAUAAUACUUUACCCUUCACCACCAAAACAGACUCGAACAAAAGCUGACACUGCCAUGAUUAUUUUUGGCACAUGCGGUGCCCUGCUUGGCAACUGGGCAAGUUGUUACUUCCAGGGGGUCAUUCAAGACCCCUAUCUUGGCGCUCCAUACCCAAUACGUAUCCCAGGCCUUAAGAGGAUCAUCCAGAUGCUUUGCAAGUUUGUCGUGGGUGUGACGGUAAUGAUACCGACACGGGCAGUGGCAAAGUCCACCGUUCACACCAUAGUGCCGUUGCUUCUUGCAGAAACAGACCCCCAGAGAAAGAAAGCUGUUUCAGAAAUGCCACAUAAGUGCUUCACUUACAUGCUGCUGGGGAUUACUGCAGUGGGAUUUGUACCACAGUUAUUUGCUUAUUUUGAUGUCUGAUUUUGACAGUCAUUAGUGUAGUGACAGGAAAAUGGUGACAAUGUUUUACAAAAAACAGCUGUUCUUAAAAGAAAAUUUGUUCACUUUUGGUGAGUUCUGUGAAUAAUUAUUAAAGACAUUUCACAAUAUUAAAGUUUGCUUGCCUUUUCUGGCAUGUGGAGAUACAUCUUGUAGGUACCGAUUUAAAAUACUUCACUCGAAAAUUUAUUUAAUGUAUUUACUAGUUAAGAAGUAAAAAGAAAAUACUUUUAAUCUAAAAUACUUGUAAAAUAAUAUUCAGGUUUAAUCUAGAACUUGGCCUCUGCUCAGGAGAUUUCAGUUACCCAGUUAUGUUGACUGUUGGUUUUUGUCUUUUUUCAAAUAACCUGGUAUAAGCCAAUAAUUUAUUUAAGCUUUGAAUUUUAUAGAGGAGUUGUUCCUGUAAUUCAAAGACAGAGGCUUAAAGUGAACUGUAUAUAUACCGACACCAAUUCUUGUUUAUUUACAGAACCGUAUGAUGAUGAAAGUAGUUUUUUACUUCUUUUUUCACCAUUAUCCAUUUUAUAUCAAUUUUAGAAGGUUCUGGAGCCUAGAAAAAAAAAACAGCACCAACAAACCCUCUCAGUUUUGAAUUUUAUGUAUUGGGUAUCAGAAGUUUUACAUUGCAUUAAUUUUUCACUUUGAGUUUAAGGGGAGCAAGGGUGGCGUAGUGGUGAGAGCACUCGCCUCCUACCAAUAUGGCCCGGGUUUGAAUCCUGGCAUUGACGCCAUAUGUGGGUUGAGUUUGUUGUUGGUUCUCUCCUUUGCUCAGAGAGGUUUUUCUCCAGGUACUCCAGUUUUCCCCUCUCCUUAAAAACCAACACUUUCAAAUUCCAAUUCGAUCUGGAACACACGGACACGUUUCAACGAGUUCUUAUGAACUCCUUAGUGCUCCGUGGGUAAACAAAUUACAAUUUACAAUUUCAAAUUUACAAGGAGAUAAUCAUAUCAUAAGAUGUUAAUAAAUAAUAAUACUAUUUUUUUCCUUUCGAGUGAUUUUACUCAUCUGGUGAAAUAGUUAGUAGACUAUUGCACAAUCUUACGCACCAAUUCUAUUGCCUUCGUUUGUUUACUUAUACAUGUAGCUACAUGUAUUUUGCAUAUAAGUUGUUAGUAUUUGUUUCAUGGGUUUAAAUAAAAGCACUCUAUCAGCUAUGCUAAAAAAGUACAGAAAUAGAAUGUACCACUUCAUGUAUUAAAGCAUUUUUCGUACCAUGAUAUAAUAUAAUGUGAAGUUACAUUGUUAUAGAGAGGAAAAGUCAUUACAUGACGUUGCCGUGGUAGCAAAAUUUCUGGGUGAGAUCAAAUCGAAAAUGUCAAUUAAAAAUUGAAUUCACACUGUUUCAAACUUCAUCGAUCUUACUCAGUUUCAUAUAAUUUGUAAAAUCUUGGCGAAAUUGUCUGGGGUUGAAUCCAAACGGAAUGUAUCUGGUUUACGGCAGAUUAUUGUUAUUGUUUUUGUAGUAUAAUGUUCAAAAGUCAAGGCCCAUUAAAUAAUAAUGUUGAAAAGAUUAUAAUCC